GCAUAAUAAUUAAGUUUAACCAGUCUUUUCUGUUUCAUUGUCUUUUGAUAAAAUGUCCCUUAUUGGAACGGAGGGGCGUUUCAUACUGAAAAUAGCCGUCACCAUAAUCUCUUGACGCCACUCAAUAAAUAAGAGCGUUUGUUAGAAGAGGGAAGCGAAAGAAUUUGGUUGUGAUGAAGUUCAUCGGUUGCAUUAUAGUCCAGUGAAUGCAAAUAUUGGAAACGACAAGGCCAGUCACUAGAUCGCUAUGAAAUGCUCUGUUUUCGAGUUGAACUUCCUUGUGUCUUAUUGUAAGACUUGUAACACUGUGGGAUAAAUAACCUAUAUUCACUCAAAUCUCGUUUAAACACCGCAAGAUGACAAGGAAAAAGCAGAAAUUAAAAAAAAACAAACAAAAAAAAAACGUCAAAAUAAUUAUUCAUUAGAGUGGAGGCUUGGUAGUCCUGUGGCACAACCUUCAUACAGGCUAACCAAGAUAUCAUUCGAAAGUGAUUGGGACUGUGUGCACGUGGUUGUGUAUUUUUUUGUAGUGUGUUGUGUGACGUUGCUACUCCUCAAUGCCUCCAAGAAACUUCUCGUGGUUUGUUAAAGACAGUUUAGCUGCCCUUGGCCUUCCUUCGACUCGCUCAGAUAUCGAGUUCCUUUGCAACAUAGGAGUGAAGCGACUGAUUUCUUUGACAGAAAGUCGGCCAUCUUUGCAUGGCUUUCCAUUGACUCAUGUUCAUAUUCCCAUUGUAGACUUUACUCCACCUUCAAUUGAACAAGUUAAUGAGUUUCUUAGCACUGUAGAGAAGGCUAAUUCCGAGGAGGAGGCAGUUGCAGUGCAUUGCACGCUUGGUAUGGGUAGAAGUGGAACAAUGUUGGCGUGUUACUUGGUAAAAACAACCCACUGUGAUGCCCAGGAGGCUAUCAAUGCUGUUAGAGAAAAGAGGCCUGGCUCAAUUGAGACGGAACAACAAGAACAACUUGUGCAGGAGUUCAGUGAAUCAUUAAGAUCCAGGGCCGAUCAAGCAAUGUAAUCGCUUGGACCAAGCAACUUAGUUUCUACAAAUUUGUAAAUCUUUCACAUUCGCACAAUAUUUCUAUUUACAUUUGAUGUUUGAAAAUAUUCCAAUCAACACAGGGUUUGGAAUCAUCAGAAUUUUACAUAUUUUAUGGCUGAACUUUGUAAAUUAUUAUUGCAAGUGCUAAUGACUGAAAGGAAUGAUUUCUUUUAAUGUCAGGAAAAAAGAACAGAUAGUUCACUGAAUGUUACCUAACUGUUGCAUUUUUAUCAACUUCAAAAUACUUGUCAAAACAAUCAGGCAGGCUUGAUUGGAUUUUGAUUACAGAAUUAUCUGUUUUCGUGUUUUGUGUAGCUGAUAUCUCAAACAAUGUUAUUUGCACUCAGCAGUUACUCCAGAGAAUUUUUUGAUCUCCAAAGGGAGAAGUAAACUUUAAAGCACUUAA